AUGAUUUUAAAUUCUAAUAAUAGCAUUAUUCUGUUGGUUUUAUUUUUUUAUUUUUUAUUAUUUUGUAAAAUAAAGGCAACAAAGAGUUCCUUAUAUUAUAGAGCACAAUUAAAAAUUGACAAUGGAAAAAAUGUGUAUACUAAAAGAAAAAACGAUGUUGCAUAUAAACUAUUCUUCUUAAAAAAGAAAAAAAAAUAUUUUUAUAAAAAUAAGAGUGAUUUUGAAAAAAAUUUGAUAAACGUUUUUAGUUUUAAUUAUAAAGAAAAUAACAACAAUAUAUUAUAUAACAUUAAUUUUCAAAGUGAGGCAUUAAAAGAAUUAAUUUUUCCUUUUAGCAAAGUCAGAAAAUUUAUUAAAUGUUACAUAUUUGAUUUAGAUCAUGAUUUAAUACAUAAAAAUAUUAGGAAUUUUCAAAAUGAAAAUGAGAUAAAUAGAAUUAUUAUUAGUAAUAAUAAUAAUAAUAAUAGUAUAAAUGAUAUGGAUAAUAACAAUAAAAGUAAUAAUUCCAAUGAUAUAAACUUAAUUAAAAUUGAAAAAUAUAUAAAUCAACAAUUAAUAAAAUUAACUAAUGAGAUUUUAUCUAUGAAAAAAAAUUAUGAGAAAAAAAAAAAAGAAAUGAAAAAUAAUAAUUAUGUUAUGAAAUGGAAUUUUUAUAUAAAUAAAAAAAGUAAUCCUUUAAAAUGCUUUGUUUAUUUAGAUUUACCAGAAGGUACAAUUAUGUUGAAACCCAGUGAAAUAAAUGAUAAAAAAUUUUUAAUUUCUAUUAAUGCAUUAAAUGAGAUUAGAAGAAAUAAUAAGGAAAUAUUAAAAAAUAUUUAUUUUAAAAAGUUUAAUAUUACUUUUGAUUACAUUUAUAAAAAUUGUAAUUUUAUAACACUUCUGGUUAAUAAAGUAUUAGACCAAACUUACUGUAUAAAUUUAUUUACUAUGAUUUCUUUAUUAUCAUCUUUAUAUAUUCUCAACGAUUCUUUUUAUCAGUGUUUUUUAUAUUUGUUGAGUAGUGAAAUUAUUUGGAAUCCUUUUAUUUAUAAUAUUUGGUGUAAUAUUUAUCAUACAACAUUACCAUUGAAACUAUUUAUGUUAAAACAAACAUUUUCUUAUUCCAAAAUUGUAUUUAAUUCACUAAUUGAUUAUAUUAGAUCAAAACUAAUUAAAAUAGAAACAAUUUUAAUUAAUUCUUCUUUAAAAAACAAACUAUUUUUAGAUACAAAAGAAGAUAAUAUGUAUGAUAAACAGAAUUUUAAAAUAGCCACUGAUGAUUAUAAUAUAAAUGAUGAUGAAGACGAAUUUAUAUAUAUUUAA